AUGGCCUCAAACGGUGACCGCACAGCGCGCACAAUGAAGCCAUCAUCCUCCGUGGGCAACAACUCGCCUGUAGGCAGGGGAGGUCGAAGAAGGCAAAACAGAAAGCACCCGUAUCGCCCCAGCGACAAGGCGACAGUCGCUUCCACCUCAGAUGCGUCCUCCAAGCAAGCAUCGCAAGCACAGGCUGUACCGAUCCAACCAGCCAAAGUUGACGCGGCGCCCGCUCCUCUUGCCUCUCCUGCCGACACCACAGGCCUCACUCGGUUUGACGAUCUUGCGAAAUACAACAUCCAUCCCACACUGCUCAAGACUAUUGCCGAAGACCUCAAGUUCGAAUACAUGACGCCCGUACAGGCCGCUACUUUGCCCCUGCUGCUCUCCGGCCGCGACGUCCUCGCACAAGCCAAGACUGGAACUGGAAAGACAGUGGCAUUCCUUUUGCCAGUUAUUCAGAAGUUGGUCGCUAAUAAGAACAACGUGAGGCUUCCAUGUUUGCUCGUCAUCUCCCCUACGCGAGAGCUCGCUAUGCAAAUUGCAGAGGAGGCGAAGCAGCUGCUGCAGCGGUUCCCGAAGUACAAGGUGUGUACUGCCAUCGGCGGCACCAACAUGCGCUCCGAGACGAGUCGUAUCCGCGCGGGUUGUGACAUUCUCGUCGCAACUCCAGGGCGACUUCAGGAUCACCUCACGCAGGAGGAUGGGUCCAUUCGGGCAAUGAUGCAGUCACUCCAGAGCUUGGUCUUGGAUGAGUGCGACCGACUCUUGGACAUGGGCUUUCUUAGGGACCUUAAGAAAAUUAUCGGCCUCUUGGCCGAUCAGAAGACCUCUCAACGCCAAGGCAUGCUUUUCUCUGCCACCAUCGCCCCUCACGUUUCCCAGUUCGCCAGUCUUGUCCUAUCCGAUGGGUACCAGUUCAUCUCGACAAUUCCCAAAGGCGAGGCACAGACCCACGACCGCGUCCCGCAACAUGUUACCAUCGUUCCCGAAUUCUCUGACGUGGCAGCCGGGGCAGUCGGAGCUAUCCGUCAGGAGAUGGCAAGGGUCGGCAAGGGCAAUUUCAAAGCCAUCGUCUUCGCCCCAACGGCGGCGUUGGUUGAUUUCUAUGCCGAUGUGCUGGGAACCUUCCGGGAUUUACCCCCCAUCUGCUCACUCCACUCCCGCAUGACGCAGAGUAAGCGAAGCAGAGUUACCGAGGACUUCCGAAACGCCUCGAACGGAAUACUUUGUGCUACGGAUGUGGUUGCUCGCGGGAUAGAUUUCCCUGCGAUCUCAAAUGUUUUCCAAGUCGGCCUUCCGAUGGAUAGAGAGUCUUACAUUCACCGACUGGGCAGAACUGCUCGAGCGGGCGCCGAUGGCCAUGGCACCUUAGUGCUCACCUCUCAUGAAGCCUUCUUCCCGCGGUCCGUCCUCAAAGGCCUCAAGCUAGAUGAGACACCGGCAGACUUGAGUGCCCGCGCUGAUGUGUCUGCCUUUACUAAGAGGAUGGAACCUGACAAGCAAACGAAGGUUUAUCAGGCUUGGCUCGGGUACUACAAGGAUGCUAGGAAUAAGAUGAACUGGUCUGUUAAUGAAUUGGUUCAGCAGGCAAACGACUUUGCGUUUCAGGGACUCGGUGCGCCUGGCGUGCCUGUCUUGCAGAAGAAAGUUGUUGGUAAGAUGGGACUGAAAGGUGUCCGAGGGUUGAACGUUGUUUAG